AUGUCGUUCUUCAUCAAUCCUGUGCACAUCCUAGUCGGCUCUUUCCUAUUCAUGGUAUCCAUCCCUUUGGCGGCCUUCGCAUUCUGGACAACAUGGUUUGCCUUCUCGGUUUUAGCCGCCAGGCUUGUAUAUGUCUACUUGCAGAUGACCUGGGAGACCACUCGCUACGUACUCUGGGACCGCUGGGUUCCAGGCCAGUACAUUGAAUCGCCGCCCGUGAGCCGGAGGCCCAGCAGGCCAGUCACGCCCAGCGGCCGAUCCCCGGCGAGAUCAUCUAUUUCCCCGUCUUCCAGGGGCGCAUCCAGCACCAGGAGGCGUACGGACAGCACCAGCAGCGCCGGCCCGCGCGUCGCGUUCUCCGGGGCCGUCCUGUUGGAGCCGAGCCACAAGAAUGCGCUGGAGAGGGACUUCGAGGGGCUCGGCGGCUGGAGGAUCCAGGACGACGGCCGGGACACGACGAACGAGAACGCGUGGGACAGUCUCAACGCGAGGCUCGAGUUGCAGGAUCACCACCAGCUCCAAAGGCACCACUACCGCUCACAUACACAUGCCGGGUCAUUUGCAAACAGUUAUAACUUUGCCUCGCCGCCGGUACGCCUUGGUGCGAGAUCAGGGCCCCACAGUCCUGGGCCGCUUACAACAGGAGCGACUUUGAGCCCACACAGUCCCAGAAGCAGAACACCGACGCGGGUUCGAGCCGGGCCAUUGAAAACCCUCGAGCGGCAGGACUCUUACUUUCCUCUGGUAGAUUCGACGCACAUCAGGAAUAUUGCCGCGUGA